AUGGCGCGCCGCGGCGUGCUGGCGCUCGUCGCCUGCGCGCUGGUCGUGGCGCUGCUGAACCUGCGCCACCACGCGUCGCUGCCGCGGCACGACGCGGCGCCGGCGGCGGCGCUCGCGACGUCGACGACGGACGCCGCGCCGCCGCCGGCGGCGCCGCGACGACCGCCGCCGGCGGAGGCGCGACGGCCGCCGCCGGCGGAGCCAGCGCCGCCGCAUUCGCCGCCGCGACCCGCGUCCCCGGGCCGCGACGAGACGGCCGUGCCGCUGCACCCGUCGUCGGCGCACGGCCUGCCGUUCGCGCUGUACCACGCCUUCGCCGCGGAGCGCGACGGCUGCGCGGCCGCGACGUUCGUCGGCCAGCUCGAGGGCGCCUGCGACGCGCGCGAGCGCACGCUCGAGCGCGCGGGCCUCGACGACUGGCGCGCGUGGCGCGCGGACCUCGUGAAGGAGAAGAAGGGCUGCCAGGUCUGCGUGUCGAGCCAGUGGCGCACCAAGGUCCGCAAGGCCGUCGCCGCGGCGCUCAACGCCGAGUUCGCGAGCCGCGCGACGGACCGCAACAAGCUCGCGCUCUACUGCGCGUUCUCCGACGGCGGCGCCGAGGUCGUCGUGGCCGCGGACGCGGCGGACGCGGGCGUCUACCUGAAGGCGCGGUCGACGUUCACCUUCACGUGCCCGGUCCCCGAGGCGCUCCGCGGCGCGGCCUGCGCGCGGGGCGGCGGCGUCGUCGCGCGCGUGGCGACGUCCAAGGCCGCCUUCGCGGAAGCGACCGCCGCGCACCCGGCCAUCCCCGUCGUCUUGCAACGGCGCGUGCCCGCGCUGGAACAAGAAUCGAGACCGACCAUCGCCGCCUGCGCCUGGGUCCGCGGCGGCGCCUACCUCGACCGCGACAACGUCGCCCAGGGCCUGCCGGCCGCGCGCGUCGCCGAGUGGCUCGCGCAUUUAUUGGCGCUCGGCGUCGACCACGUCGCCAUCAUGGACAACAGCGACGGCGUCUACGCCGCGGCGCUCCGCGACGGCGGCGACGGCUGGCGCGCGGCAUCGCCGCUCCAGAUAGCCCUCGCGCCGCUGCCGGGCGGCGCGACGCACGUCGCCUGGCCUGCCGUCAACGACGACCGGUCCGCGUCGUGCGACCCGGCCGCGUUCGAGCGCCGCGUCGUCGCCGAGACGAACGGCACGCUGACGACCCAGGGCAUGUUUGGCCGGCCGAGCCAGUACGCGGCGCAGAACGCGUGCCACCGGCGCGCCGUCGCCGCCGGGGCCUCGUGGGUCACGCACGUCGACGUCGACGAAUUUUUGGUGCCGCCGCCGGGCGCGCCGGAUCAGCCGCUCCGGGCGCUCGUGUCCUCAUACUCGGCGGCGCGGCCCGUGCCGCGGGCUUUAUCGCUGCCCUGCGUCUUCUACGCGCGCUGCCCCCGGGACUCGGGCCGGGGCGCCGUCGGGCGGGGCGGCGGCACGCUGCUGGACGCGGGCGCGUGCGCGGGCAAGGCGCAGAUGCACCGCCAGAAGCUCGUCGCGCACGCGUCGGCCGAGUAUCUGUGGGUCCACUACGUGCGCAAGGCGUCGCGGUCCGCGGGGCGCAUCAAGACGCUGGACCCGCAGCAAUCGCUCGUGCUCGCGCACUUGCGGGGCGGGUAUGCUCUCGACACGGCGCUGAACGCGCGCGCGAUCGACUCGCGGGACCCGUCGGCCGCCGAGGAGCGCAAGUUCGCCGCCGUGUACCACCCGCGCAUGACGCGCUUCGACGACCAGGCCCUCCCCUGCGCGGACGCGGCUGCGGCCGCCGCGCGGCGGUUGGCGGCGAUGACCAAGGAGGACAAGGCGAAGCGGAAGAAGCUCGGCGGCGACGUCUCGUCCUGCGACGCCGAGGACGAGAACCGCGCGGCGUUCGGCUGGUGCUGGUGCCUCGACGACGCGCCCGCGCGCUUCGCGGACGUCGCGCGCGGGGUCCUGCGGUCGACGUGGGACGAGGGCGCGCUCGCGGCCAUGCGCGGCGCCGCGGGGUUGGAGGCCGCGUGGCCCGAAGCUGAGGUAUGUGUGACGGCUUUCCGGAGCCCGACCAUGCCGCGGCGACCGCCGACCAUCACCUCCGCUGAGGCGUUCGCGCUCCCGUCGAUCCUCGCGCCGGAGCCGCGGUUCCGGCUCGGCACACUGUUCCUGCGCCUCUUCAGCUUCAUGACCGCGCCCCUGCGCCUGGGGCGCCGCCGCCCCUUCGUCAUCGACGCCGCGGCCGAGGCCCGCCUCGAGGCCGCGGCCUACGUCGACAGCUUCGUGCCCGACGGCGACCGGCGGCGGACCGCGGCGCUCGAGAGCGCGCGCGAGGGCGCCGCGAACAUCCUCAACUCCAUGCCGCCCCUGUCCGUGUCGUCGACGUCCGUCGCCUACGCGGUCCCGCCGCCGGCGACCCUCGGGGACCUGGACCAGCGGCGCAGCGACUACGCGGAGCGCGCGAUGCAGGAGCUGCGCGACCGCGCGGCGUCCAUGGAGGAGAUCAUCGCGAAGCGGUACAAGCGGCCGUCGGACGCCGUGCCCAUCGCGACGUCGUCCGUCGCCUCGACGUCCGCCGCCGACGCGUCCCCGCGGCUCCUGGACAUCGAGGACCCGGGCCAGCGGGCCAAGGCCUACGAGGCGCGCUGGCUGACGCAGUUCAAGGAACGGGCGGCGUCCUUCGACGAGUCCCUCGCGGCGCGGCGCCGCCAGGACGCGCCGCGGCUCGAGUCGGCGGUGGCGCCGCCGCCGGUCGAGCGGGCCGCGCCGGCGCCGGAGGCCGCCCGGGCCGAGUCGGCGGCGGUCGCGGAGCCCGCCGCGCCGGCGCGGCUGGAAGUGGCGGCGGUCGCGACCGAGCCCGCGGCCGAGGUCGUCGUCGAGGAGGCCAUGUGGUCGGCGGCCGAGCCCGUCGUCGACAUCGCGCGCGCGGCGACGCCGGACGUCGCCGCGCUCGCCGUCGACGCCAGGGCGGCCGAGACCGAGUGGCCGCGGACCUCGUUCGCGCCCGAGACGCUCGCGAAGCUGUCCGCCGUGUCCUUCGCGCUCGCGUGCUUCUGCGCGCUCGACCUCAACACGCAGCUCGAGGCCGCGGCGGCCUGCGCGUUCACCAAGCUCGCGGCGGACCUCAAAGCCGCGUCGAUCCGGAGCGCGAGCCUCGAGGACGCGCUCCGCGACGCCGAGGCGCGCGAAGCCGACGCGCGCGUCGACGUCGCCUACGCGCGCGCGAAGCUCGACGAGGACUGCUAG